UUCACUUUCACUCUUCGAGAGUUCAGUCUUCACUCACAGUCACACAGUACUUAACACAAAUAUAGGCCUAAUGUUUAUUUUACCGAGAUAUUUUCAAAUUUUCACUAGCCAGAAAUUAUUUACUCUGAUCAAAUAAAACAUAUUAUUUUAACAUUAGGCCUACGUUAUAGAAUGAUUAAUGAUUCAAUACUUGAAAAUUUAUCAAUACACAAUAUCAAUUUGUCAGUUUAUUAUAUUGCGAGUGUUUUAAUUACAGUUUUAUCCAUUAUUAUUACAUGGUGGUAUCAAAAAUAUUCAUCGGCAAAACUAGAAGAUUCUGGUGUUAAUUCAAGCAUUAGUGAGGGACAGAUUGAAGAGGAAACCUCAGAUCUCAAGGAAUCCCAACGCAAAGACGAUUCAAUAGAUGAAAAUAUCAUGUCUCAUAUUAAGAAAAGACACUCCUUAGCAGAAGAAGUAGCUGCAAACUUGACUCAGCAACAACUUGAGGAAGAAAUGGAAGUUGAGAAACAACAGUUAGAGGCAAUAUUCCAGCUCCUUCAAAAUCAGCAAGAAAAAUAUCAAGUUUCAUCAAUGGAAGAAUUAGAAGACCAACUUAGACUCUAUCGUUAGAUUUUACAAAAGUCAAGGUUUUUGUAGGUCCUAUUACCUAUGUUGUA